AUGGACGUGAAGGUGCCCACCGUCCGCGCCCUAGACGCCGACGUCACAGAAUAUGUCAAAUUCUACGGUCUUUCUGCGCACAGGUCGACUUUUGCGGUUCGCUUAACGUUUCCCGAUGUUCCUUCGGAUGUGUACCUCGCGGCCGUCUUGCUCGCAAGCCCAGGCAAACUGUACAAGAUACCUGUGCCGGCCUUCGUCGUCCGCAUUCGAGAUCGCAAGGUUUCCACACUAGAUGACCUCAAGCAGAUCGCGUGCGAGAUUCCUGAUGACAUGUAUUUCGACAUGGAGGUCAUUCUCUGGGGGAAUCGACUUGAAAAGGUCACACUCAAGAAGAAUGAGGAACAAUUCCCAACGGAGGUGACGAGACUCAGACUCGACGACCGACGAGUCAGGCGAUCAGACGCAGACGCCGGCUUCUAAACGCUAAUCGGCUCUGGCCACAUCUCUUAUACUUCGUUUGCUUUGAAGGGUCAUGACCGAGAAG